AUGGUACAGCGAACACUGAAAACUUGCCACUUUGGGUCCUCUCCUAUUGGUUGGGCCAACCAGGGAUUGGCACUCAAGUGUCCAGGCCGGGUGCCCUGCUGGGCUCUGACGUGGCUCCAUCUGGCCGACUGCUCAGAGGGUUCCUGCAGUGGAGGGGUGAGGCCGGGCAGCAGCAUGAGUGAACAGCAGCAGCAGCAGCAGCAGCAGCAGUCUGCCUCAGGUUUGGGGAGGUCCAGCCAUGGUGACCUGGAGGCAGGCAGCUCCACCCACAGAGGAGAGAAAAAGUUUGUGUGUCAGCAGUGUGAUAAAAGUUUUACAUAUAGAAAAGGACUUAGACAACACACCCUGAGACACAGUGGUGGUGUUAAAAAUUAUGAGUGUUUGCAAUGUGGAAAGAAAUUCACCAGGAAGGGUUACCUCAAAACACACACCCUGACACACAGUGGUGUUAAAAAUUAUGAGUGUCUGCAAUGUGGAAAGAAAUUCAUCACUAAGUCUGAUCUCAACAAACACACCCUGACACACAGUGGUGUUAGAAAUUAUGAGUGUCUGGAAUGUGGAAAGAAAUUCAUCACAAAGGGUAGCCUCACCACACACACCCUGACACACAGUGGUGUUAGAAAUUAUGAGUGUCUGUAUUGUGGAAAGAAAUUCGCGACAAAGAGGAGCCUCACCACACACACCCUGACACACAGUGGUGUUAGAAAUUAUGAGUGUCUAGAAUGUGGCAAGAAAUUCACUGAAAAGGGUAACCUCACCACACACACCCUGACACACAGUGGUGUUAAAAAUUAUGAGUGUCUAGAAUGUGGAAAGAAAUUAAUCACAAAGGGUAGCCUCACCAGACACACCUUGACACACAGUGGUGUUAGAAAUUAUGAGUGUGAGGAGUGUGGCAAAAAAUUCCUUACCAUUGAUAAACUCAACAGCCACGCCUUCAGACACACUAGCUUGAAGGAGUUCAAGUGUGAUGUUUGUGGCAAGUGUUUCAAGACUAAGAGUGACAUUGCCCGGCAUGUGAAGAUCCACUUUUGAGGUGGUGUGUUGUGUGGACUGGUGGGGCCACAGCCACGCCUUUGGGAGUGUGUGGUGGUGGUGGUGGACAGUGUGUUUCUUUCUUUUUUUCUUUUUCCUCUCCCAUUGCCUCCUCCUGACCUUGGCCUGACCUUCCAGUAUUUACUCCUCGGCACUGCCAGGUGAAGCACGCCUUCAGUGGGAAGCGGUCUCCCGAGGGUGUCACCAAGGCUCUCCAUCUCCAGCAGGACGUGGCGGGGCUCAAGAUGGCAGGCAAGCAAGACAUUGGUGUGUGUUGGAUGCCUGCGUGACUCCAUGCUACGCUGGCCUGCCACACCACAGGAUACAUUGAUGAUAGUGUCACCUCAGCACACACUACACUGUUGUCAUGUGUAGCAGUGCCUGUAAGGACAGCACACCCCUGUGGUCUGUUAUUGCAAGGAGUGUGUUUGUUGUAUACUGGGAUAAAAGGUAGAAGGAAGCAGUGUACACCUAGUUUUGUACUUGUUGUAUUGUGAGGGGUGUGUACUUUGUGUAUUGUGGGUUGUAAGACAGAAAGUAGUAGUAGUUUACACCUAGCCUUGUGUAUCUUGUGAGGGGUGUGGACUUUGUUGUAUUGGAGUUUACAGGCAGUGUUGUAUGUACUGUGUUUGUGUUGUGAGGUGUAAGGAGAGGCAGUGUGUGUAUGUGUGCGUGAGUGAGUCCCUUGAUCAAAUCACUGCCUGGAGUUUCAUUAGGCCACUGGGGUUUGUUUAAUUAUAAAGUAUCUUUUUAUCUCUAUAACCAUUAACCAGUGCUGCUUUAAUGAUAUUUUUGACAUAAUUGGUUUACAUCUUAAGUUGGUGUGUGUCUCAUAAUAUUUUUAGCUACAUAUAUUUACAGUCUAAAAUGUCUGUUUCAUUAGAUUGAGUAGUGUAACAAUGUCAGUGAGGCAUAUCUGAGCACUGGUUAACCUCUUCAGUACUGGGACACAUUUUUACCUUGAGUUUUGUGUAGGGUUAGACAGUUUUGUUAACAUUAGGAAUGGUCUGUGAAGGCCAGAAGAUUAAUAGUGACAGUCUUCUUUAUUUUAAUCCCCACAUAAGUUUCUGUAGCUGUAUAAAAUCAGCAAAUAGUGAGCAGAAUGAAUAUGGAAAUGUUUUGUGGUACUGAAGGGGUUAAGUGUACCUGUGUGUGAUGACUGAUUCCUUCCAAGGCCCCUGUAGAUCUGACUGUACUGAGAUGUGAAGUUGUGACCAAUAUAUUGUUGUUCACCA